UCAGUUACAGUCACAAUAAAUCGAAUUUAUAUUGUCAAAGUUUCAGAACAGAAAACUUCAUAAUUUAUUUGGAAAAUUUUGGAAAAAGAAGUCAGUUUGUGUCUAAUGAUUGUGUUUGGAGAAACGAAAUAGCAAAAAUUCGGCUAAGAGGAUUCCUAAUUUCUUGUUAACUAGGUAAUUGAUUAUAACAAGUGAAUGCAAUUGAAAUGAGGGCCUGUUCGUGAAUAGAUUACAAUUGUAGCCAAUUUCGAACUAUCUAAAAUGGAAGGUAUAGCCGCCGAAGUCGGACAAAAAUUAAAGUCCGCUAUCAAAGCGAAGCUUAUGGAAUUAGGAGCAUACGUUGAUGAAGAGUUACCUAAUUAUGUGAUGGUGAUGGUUACUAAUCGGAGAAGUAAAGCGGAAAUGGAUCGUGAACUGAAUCUGUUUCUUGGUGGCAAUACACCCACCUUUACUACUUGGUUGCAAUCAGUAUGGACCAAACUCGAGCAAGUCACCGUCGCUAAUCUAGCAGUAGAAAAAAAGAAACCGUUAGAAAAGAAGAAAAAGAUUAAAAAAUCGAUUAAAAGUUCGUCCGAAUCGGACGAUGAUCGAAAACAUAAGAAGAAGAGAAAAUCUUCCGCUUCUACCGAUGUUUCAGCGAAAGAGAGUAAAAAACGGAAAUCCAUCAAAACCGAAAACAUCGAAGCUGAAGUCGAUAACAUCAGUAAAGAAAGUUCAGAAGACGGUGGCAAACGGACACGCGAUGCGAGCAAGACAGAUGCUCCCCGUUCGAAUCCAGCGGCGGAUCUAGAUUCGGAGAACGAUAUGGAUGAUACGAAUACUGAAACUAAAAAAUCGUCCCAAGAACCAUCGAUUCUUGACGAAGAUGAUUUCCUCAAUAUUAAAGAAGAUUUCGAAUCCGGAUUUCUAUCAGACGAGGAAAUCGAAUCAAAAGCAAAACAAAAGCAAUCUACCGACUCGAAGAAACCGUCUAAACCAAUCGACAAAGUCAACGUUUCGAUCUCGAAUAAAAAACAUUCUCCGCCGGAGAAGUCAAUCAAAGAUGAUUCAGAUAAAACGGCAACUGAUAAAUUCAAAAACAAAGAAAACAAAAACGUUGCGAAUACGAUUUCAAAUUCGAAAGAGAGUGAAUCGCACCCUACGAAACCUCCCACUAAAACGAUUUUGAUUAGGAAUCGUAAAGUUGUCCGAUCUCGUUCUAGAUCUAGAUCUUUAACACGUCCGUCAGCUUCGCCGGAAGAAAAUCCCAGUCGUCAUAAAUCUAAAUCCAUUUCGCCUGCUCCCACACCUCCUCGUUCUCCUCCCAUAACUAGUAACAUAAUCAAGAUCAGAGAGAAAUCUCCGGUGCUAGACGCGCGCGAGUUGAUAAACAGAAAACGAGCAUUGUUACACGCUGCCGAACGUUCGUCUAAAGAUGACAAAAUACCGCAGAAACGUGCCUUACUCGCUGCCAAACAUAAUAACGAUGCCAUUCAUUUACAAGACGCUACGGAGAAAGAAAACGAUUCCAGACGAGUUCACCCAGAGAACAUAACUGAUAUGAAAGCAGAAAGACAAGUUGAAAAUAAAUUCGGCAGAGUGAUACUGAAUAAAUUGGAAGGAAAGCGCAGCGUAAUAAGUGAAGAGAGAUUUUCGUCAGUUUCACGAGCGAAAAAUGAUACGAUUGAUCUGCGUAAAAUUAAACGAACCGUUUACGUUAGAAGCGAAGACAGCGAACCCGAAGAACCCGAUGAGAAAUCGAAAAUUCGUAAAUCCGUUGUCAAUCAGAUCGUGAAGUACAUCAAGGAUGAGCCUGUCGCAUCAAGUAAUACUACAGCGGCCGCUGCAAAAGCUACAAAACUAAAUCGUUCAAAAGUAACUGCUACCGCUAGAUCUGUUGGAAGUACAUUGAUUCGUAAAGCCAUGGCUGACGCUCACAGGUCUUUAACUACCAAAGAAGAAGCUGUCAAAAAAAAAGAAGCCCACGAUAGCAAAUACAAAACUUCGACUAACCUUAAGAAAGAAGAAAUGAAGAAUGCUUCCAAAGAGCAUUUGGAGUCUAUGUUAACCGAGGACGAUAGUAACGACGUCGAAGUCAUUUCACCUGAUACGUUGACCCCUAUUGAUCAGGAUGAUGAUGAAAGCGUUUCUCCGAAAGUCGAAGAUGAAAGCGAAGAAUCACGCUUGAAUGAAGUUCCCGUUGAAGUAGAAGAGUACGAUCCUUCUCAAACCAUGCCGACUUUCGUUGUAACGCUAACUGGUUUAGAUCCAAAGCUGUAUCCUGAGGAUAAUAUGGAAUUGAAUGAAAGUUCGGAGGUGGAAAGUGGUCAAAACGAUCAACAAGAAUUUUACUCAGAUUUUGAAGAAAGUAAAGUCAAAGCUAAACUGCCCGAGCAAUGUAAAUACUAUCCGAAUUGCCUCGCCGGAGAUCAAUGCUUGUACCAUCAUCCUACGAUUCCCUGCAAGAUGUUUCCCAAUUGCAAAUUUGGCAACAGUUGCUUGUACAUGCAUCCUAAAUGUAAAUUCGAUGCCGCUUGUACCAGAUACGAUUGUCCUUACCUUCAUACGGCGAUCAGGAUGACGGUUCCAGUUUCUGGCAGGCAUGCAGCACCGCCUUCGACUAUCGGCGCGCAACCUUGCAAAUUUUAUUACAACUGUGUUAACCCAGUAUGCCCGUUUCAGCAUCCUAAAAUUUGUCGAUACGAUAGGCAUUGUAUGAAUAAGAACUGUACUUAUCAGCAUACCUCUUUAAUUCACGUUAAUAAUUCUUUCUCCAAGGAUAAGUUGAGAUGGUCUAAGCCUAAGAAUGAAGGCGAAGAAACGAAAGCGUCGGAAAUGAAUGCCAUAGACACGUAAUUUUAUCGUAUGCUUGGUCAAAUUACCAAUUUUUAUAAUGUAUUAUCACUUGAUAACAUACCUAGGCGUAUGUUAUUCUAUUGUUUAAUUUUGUUUUUUCGUUUUAAUACUACAAUGUUCUUGACCUGGCCGAUGAAAGUAAGCAUUAACGGUAAAUGUCGUUCAAUAGGUAAUGUGUAAUAAAAUGUAUUUAACGUGUAAAA